AUCUGAAGGACGAAAGUGAAAGUGACAAUACGGUCAUCAUUACUCUGACUUUUAAAGUAAACGAGUACAAUGUGACUGGCGACUCCCGGUAAACACUUGAACCACCGACAAAAGCUUCCCGGUUUACAUGUAACGGCAUCAUUCACGACGACCUAUCUUCACGGUCCGUACCGUACACGAUCCAUGUUUUUAAAUGCACUCAUUUAAAUCCUCCACUCAUAUGAUUCUUCUCGUUUUUCUAAAAAAACACACACGAGCCGUAGAAGGAGAAAGAUAGUGGCUUUUUUACAGUUUCCAGAAUAAAGAAAAAGCUCAUUUGAUGAACCAAAAAACGGAUUUCUUGGUGAUCCCGAAGUAAGAAAACCGGUUUCUUGGUGUUGCUCUGUUUCUUCCUCCAGAUUCUCAGGCACUCGCUUUACUUGAAAGUUGUUAAGUAACUGUUGCUUUGGCUGCAAUGGAGGAAAACUGAAAAUAGUUUGAUGAUGAAGGAACGAACAACCAACAGUAUGCAGUUGAAUCGGUCUACGAAGAAUGGGAAAAGAGAUCAAAAGCCACAGAAGACGAAUGGUGCUAAAAGAUCUUCAGAGCAAGAAAGACUCAAAGCUUUUAAAGAAGAAUCUAACGUCCCAGUAGUAGUAGAUGAUACAACUACACAUUCAAAGCUCUCUGAUGAUGGUGAUCAUGCAGUGAACGAGUCUUCAGUUACUCAUCAAGAGUCCGAGUCUGGUAGAAUUUCAGAGAAAACUGAGAAGGAAGAGAGUGUAAAUGGCUUGGCCUGUGAUGAUGAAGAGGAGGAGGAGAAGGACGAAAGCAAAGACUUUGAUGCUAUAGCUCAUGAAAAGACAGAUUCUGUAUCUUAUUAUGAAACUUGCAAAGGUGUCAAUGUUGAUAAGGCAGUCGAAGUUUGGGAUGAUGCUUCAAAUGGUGGUCUAAGCGGUGGAAGUGAAAACGAGGCAGGUGAUGUUAAAGAGAAAAGUGAGAAACUUGAGGAGGAAGAAGAAGCAUUGAAACAAAAGGUUGAGGAUUUGGAGACAAGAGUUGAGAAACUUGAAGAAGAGCUAAGAGAAGUUGCAGCGCUCGAGAUUUCGCUCUAUUCGGUUGUACCAGACCACUCUAGCUCAGAGCACAAGCUUCACACACCUGCUCGGAGAAUUUCAAGACUCUAUAUCCAUGCUUGUAAACAUUGGAGUCAAAGAAAGCAAGCAACUGUCGCUAGAAACUCCGUGUCUGGUCUCAUUUUAGCUUCUAAAUCUUGUGGAAAUGAUGUUUCCAGGUUGACCUUCUGGUUAUCAAACAUCAUUGCUUUGAGAGAGAUCAUUUUGCAGGCAUUUGGUAAAACUAGUGUUCCUAGUCAUGUCAGAGAGACCUCUGAAUCAAAUGGGAGUGAAAACAAUGGUUUAGGGAAGCUAAAAAGGAAGAAGAACCAAUGGAAUAAGCAGUCAAAUGGUUUCAAGCAGGUUUUAGAAGAUUGGCAGGAACCAGAAACCUUCACUGCCGCAUUAGAGAAAGUCGAAUUCUGGAUUUUCUCUAGAAUCGUUGAAUCUGUUUGGUGGCAGGUUUUCACUCCUCACAUGCAAUCCCUGGAAAAUGGCGGUAAUACGAAUGAGAAACUAAUGGGACCUGUCUUGGGAGAUAAUGAGCAAGGAAGCUUUUCAAUCAGCCUAUGGAAAAACGCUUUCAAAGUUGCUCUAACGCGGCUCUGUCCUAUGCGUGGAGCAGGGCACGAGUGCGGUUGUUUACCUACCUUGGCUAAAAUGGUAAUGGAGAAGUGUAUAUCUCGAAUUGACUUAGCCAUGUUCAACGCAAUUCUACGUGAGUCAGAGCAUCAGAUUCCCACGGAUCCUGUCUCAGAUCCUAUCCUAGAUUCCAAAGUUCUGCCUAUACUUGCUGGAAACUUAAGCUUUGGAUCCGGGGCACAGCUUAAAAAUGCGAUUGGCAAUUGGUCAAGAUGCCUCGCUGAAAUGUUCUCCAUAAACACUAGAGAUUCAGUAGAAGAAAAUGAUUCAAUAGAAAGUGAGAAAUCUUUCAGUUUGCUAAACGAACUCAGCGAUCUACUUAUGCUCCCAAAAGACAUGCUUAUGGACCGAUCCACAAGAGAAGAGGUAUGCCCAUCGAUAAGUCUUCCGUUGAUCAAAAGAAUACUCUGUAACUUUACACCUGAUGAGUUUUGUCCUGAUGAUGUCCCUGGUGCUGUCCUAGAAGAGCUUAAUAACGAGAGCAUUUCAGAGCAGAAGGUAUCAGGAGUUAGCUUCCCUUACGCAGCUUCUCCUGUUUCAUACAAUCCUCCAUCAUCACUCAAUGUAGCAGAGAAAGUUCCAGAGGUAGGAGAUAUCUCUAGAAUAUCGAGGAAUGUAUCUAUGAUACAAAGAAAAGGAUACACAAGCGAUGAGGAGCUGGAGGAACUAGAUUCUCCGCUUACAUCCAUCAUCGAAAACGUAUCGUUGUCACCAAUUUCCGUACAGAGCAGGAAUGUGAAGCAGGAAACUGAGCAUAUAGGUGCAGUGGUAGCAAAUGCAAGAUAUGAGCUUCUUAGGGAAGCGUGGUCUAUGUGAGUGAUUGGCAGCCAAAUGUUUAGGGUACCAACUACUGAAACAAACUAAGUCUUUGAAGUUAUAUGUAGCCGUAAGUGUUUUAUCAGAUGAGUAUGCUCCUAGAGGAUUGUAUUUAGUGUCUGAAGAGGCAAUCAACUCUUUUAACAACAAGCUACCUUUCUCCUGGAAAUUUUCUUGUGUUUCUUUAUUGUUUCUUUGUCCUCAAGAAA